CUUUGUGAAUCGAUGGCCCAGCUUUUGGUUACUAUUGAAGUGGGGGUUUUAGCUCAAAUUUCAUCAUUAUCCCAUCUCCCCAAUAUCAAUGGCAGAAUGGACCUCUGUCGUCUUCUCUUAACCCCACCCUUUCUCUUCUCCAUUCCAAUUUCUCAAUAGUUAUUGAACUUAAUUGUACCAGGGUCCUUCUGAAUCUGAGCCAUGAAUUUCAAAUCUCUCCAUUUUCUCCUUUCCAUAAUAACUCUCUUCUUCUUUCUAUCAAUUUCUACUUCCGAACAGGACCCAUCGUCUCCCUCUGCAAUCAUAUCCAGGUUUCAACAAUACCUUCAGAUUAAUACCGUCCAACCCAGCCCCCAAUACUAUGAGGCUGCUGAUUUCAUCAUUUCUCAGGCCAAAUCGCUCUCCCUUGAAUCUCACACAAUUGAAUUCGUCGAGGGCAAGCCUCUGGUCAUUCUCAAAUGGCCUGGUUCCAACCCUGAACUCCCUUCCAUUCUCCUCAAUUCGCAUACCGAUGUUGUUCCAGCUGAGCAUAAAAAAUGGACGCACCCUCCUCUUGGAGCUCAUAUCGAUUCCCAUGGCAAUAUCUAUGCAAGAGGGUCUCAGGAUAUGAAGUGCGUUGGGAUGCAGUACCUUGAGGCUAUUCGGCGUUUGAAGGCAUCUGGAUUUCAGCCUCUGCGCUCUGUUUAUUUAUCUUUUGUCCCGGAUGAAGAAAUUGGUGGCCAUGGUGGUGCUGAGAAAUUUGCUGAAUCCGAUGAGUUCAAGAAAUUGAAUGUCGCCAUUGUGCUUGAUGAAGGGUUGCCUUCUCCGGGUGAGAAUUAUAGGGUGUUUUAUGGGGAAAAGAGCCCCUGGUGGUUGGUGAUCAAGGCAGUGGGAGCCCCAGGUCAUGGAGCUAGGCUUUAUGAUAACACUGCCUUGGAGAAUCUUUUCAAAAGCAUUGAGACUGUCAGAAGGUUUAGAGCUUCACAGUUUGAUCUGAUCAAAGCUGGUUUGAAGACUGAAGGAGAUGUGGUCUCUGUCAACAUGGUCUUCUUAAAAUCUGGCAUUCCAUCUCCUACUGGCUUUGUCAUGAAUCUGCAGCCAUCUGAAGCUGAGGCUGGUUUUGACGUUCGCGUCCCACCAACUACAAAUCCAGAGUCUCUUGAGAGACGAAUUGCAGAGGAAUGGGCACCAGCCUCUCGUAAUAUGACGUUUGAGUUUAAGCAGAAGGAGUCUAUUUACAACAAGUUUGGGAAACCAGCUCUUACUGCUAUUGACAAAUCCAAUCCAAGGUGGAAUCUUCUUGAAGAAGCUGUAAGAAAUGCGAAUGGAAAACUUGCAAACCCAGAAAUCUUUCCUGCUUCAACGGACGCCCGAUACUUUCGAAAUCUUGGCCUCCCUGCAAUCGGCUUCUCUCCAAUGGUCAACACUCCUAUUCUUCUUCAUGACCAUAAUGAGUUUCUAAACCAAGCCGAGUAUUUGAAAGGCAUUGAGGUGUAUGAGUCAAUAAUCAAGGCUUAUGCUUCUUACGACGGUGACAAACCGAUGGAGAGCUUCAAAGAUGAGUUAUAAGAAAGCAGCAAGGCAGUGAUAUCCUUUGAGCAUUCAGCUACGAGGUUCGAAUUUGCUCUGUAGGGAUCAGGCAACUUCAGAGCAUGGGGUUGGAAGGGAUAUGAUUCUGUUCCCUAAUUAAUCUUCUGGAACAUUACUUCAUUGAAUUUUGGUUGUGCUUUAUUUGCAAGUUCCAUAUAAUAAUUCAGGCAGAAGAAUUUUCUAUCAAAUAAAGUGACAACAGAAUUGGCUUUGGAAUAAACUCUUGUGUGUCAUGGGGAUUGGAAUUUGUUAACCUGGGGAUUUUGGAGGGAUCAAUUCUUAGAAGUUAAUAAAAUAAAAUAGUUUCAAGUGAGAAAGAA